UUAAAUAUGGUGGUGAAAUAAAGUACGCACAAUUACAAUUUGCUCAUUUUACGACUAAACUUUUGAGUGACUUUUGAACUGGAAUAAAAUUCAAAAUGCAUGUUCUUUCGGUUAAGUUACGCAUCGUCAUUCUCCUAUUCAUAUUCUGUAGAACACAUGGGAAAGUGACGGUAGAAAAUGGUGCUUAUAAGGACAUUUUAGUUCGGUUUUCUCCGAGAGUUAACAGUGAAGAUGGAGGCAUGUUACUGGAAAAAAUGAAAGAAGUUUUGACUGAAACAUCAGAAAUACUGGGUAAAGCAGUGAGACUCAAGAUAUCCAACGUAAUCUUUCUUCUGCCAAGGAGCUGGGACAUAUCUAAAUUGGUAAACCUGACAGUCGGAAAGGCAACUCCAGAAAAUACUGUUUUUCCGCCAGAUAUCUUAAUAGACAACGUUUCUAAUAGCGCUUUUGGAAACUAUCCUUUCGCUCUGCAGUACGGUGGGUGUAUGGUACCUGGACGUCAAAUUUCAAUUCAAGAAAAUUUCCUAACUAAUGAAGAAGAUUUUCCAAAAGGUAAACUUUUGGCGAGAGAGUGGCUAAAAUUUUAUUUCGGAGUUUUCGACGAAAAUGGAUUUCCAGAUGACACUAUGUAUCCACUCUACUACAAAGUUCCCGGAAACUCUUCUUCGGAUAUAAAAAUUACAGACUGCACUCAUCCAGCAGCAGAAUACUAUUUUAAGAAGGGUGAGGAAGACUGUACUUUGGAAGUGAAUGACCAGAAUGGCUUACCAAGUUCAGACUCUUCGGAAUGUGAAAUUCGUGUUAGAGAAGACAGCAGAAAUAAAGUUCACUCGUCGCUAAUGUACUUUCACAGGGAUCUGACUCAAGUGGACUUCCUGUGCGGAGAUCCUAACCAUUCACACAAUUCUGAUGCUCCAAACAAGCAUAACACUCUUUGCAAUGGAAAGAGCAUUACUGAAGUUGUUCGCAAUUCUGGUAUCGAUUUGAGUGGGGAAAGUACCGGGGAAAUCAGUUUCUCUUAUGUUCAAGAGAAAAAUCCAAGCCUAGCCAUCGCUUGGCAAGAUACUGAUAUGCUCAAUAACCAGACAGAAGUAGUCAAGAAUUCUUUCUGGAGAUUUUUGUAUGAUGUACCGAAAGAAAGCAAAAUCGCACUUUACGAGUUCAGUAAUGAUGUCGAAACUGUAAAGGAUUUAGAUAACAAAAACCUUUGGCCUUAUUUUCAUAUUACGUUUACCUCUCGCAAGGAACCUUGUGUUACUUGCGCAUUAUCUAAGGCUGUCAAUGUUAUUAAAGAAGACGACAGUGGCACAAGAGGAUAUGUUAUUAUAAUAACUGCAGCAAAUCCAGAUGCAGCAAAUACAAAUUAUACAGAAGUUGUUCAACAGAUAAAUUCAUCACAACUAUGUCUCAUUGUUAUAGGAUUUACUAACCUUGGAGCUACGUCGGAGGGAUUUCAAGAACUGGUAUCUGCUUCGAGAUGCGGCUCAUUCUGGGGUGUAUCUACGAAAGAGAAAGAUGAUGAGAUUUUUGCGAAGUUAUACCGUGCGAUGGAGACUGUCCUUCCAUCUCAUGAUACCAACUAUGUCACUAAAAUAAUUGGUACACAGCACGUAGAGUAUGGAAAGCUACUGCGGAUUCAGACGAACGAAAUAGCUUCAAAGUUUACGCUUCGAGUCGGUAGUGUAUUUGAUCUUAGUAAACAUUUUUCUUGCAUCGAGACUAAUGGAAAUGCAUUGGUUAAGCUUUCAAAAGAGGGCCCUUUUUCCUUUUCUUUUCCUUCUCAAGAAGAUGACGUCGAGUGUUCGUUAACUACAGAUAAGCUUGGUUCUGUUUAUAUACAAAUUCAGAUGACAACAAAGCUUAAUCAGUACUUUGAAGAGCAUACGUGGGUAAAAGACACGACGAGUCUAGCAUCUAAUAGUCCAGCGAGUGUGGAUUUAUCUACUCAAGCACAGAUGCCGGUGAUUAUUUAUGCCCAAAUCAAUUAUGGAGGGCAGCCUGUUCAAAAUGCUAUGGUAAAGGCUAAGGUGACUGGACCGAAUGGAAAUGGAGAAUGGAAUUUAGAUCUCCUUGAUGAUGGACUAGGAGAUCCGGACAUCACUGCAAAUGAUGGUAUCUACAGCCGUUACUUCCUAAAUUUUAAUGACAAGGGUGAAUAUACAGUAGUAAUUACAGCAAGCGACAACAAUCUUCAAGCAAAAAUAGGUCAAAAUGGACCCCAGCCUUGCUGUGGCAGCAAGGUAGUAAGUGAAACCGUUCCAAUUGGUGCCUUCCAAGAGUUCAUGAAGACAACUUUCUCGACCAUCAGUGGGAAGCCAGAAGGUGGUUAUAAACCAUCUAGAAUUCUCGAUCUACAUAUAAUUGCCUAUGAUAUGCCGUCUAAAGUAUCAUUGCAGUGGACAGCACCUGGAGCAGAAGCGGAUACCGGACAAGCCUCAAGUUAUGCAUUAAAACUAUGCCUCAAACAAGAAGACUGCUCAGGAAAUAGUAGCUUUUCCUCUUGGGUGAAAGAGAAAUUCAUACCAAAACCCGAAUUGUAUGGUAUUAAACAAAAAGCUACGAUAGUAUUUGAUGCUAUGGUGCCAAAAAAUCAGACUUUGCAUAUUGGUAUCCAAUCAAAGAACGAAAAUGGCAAAGUCAGUGAACUGUCCAAUCUUGUUUCUCUUAGUCUGAUGUAUAUUUCUCCUGAUGAAAUGACAACUACUGAAAUUCCUCGAGAAGAAGAAGGUAAAUCUACAAAAAGCAGCGAAAUUGGAAUAAUUGUGGGAAGCACAGUAAUUGCAGUCUUCCUGCUUAUAGCUUUAACAGCAGUAAUUUAUUUUUAUGUAUAUAAACCAAGAUGGCAGAAGCAAACAGUUGCUGAUAAACAAAACAGUACAAUUAUCGAAAAUAAUAGCAUACAAAAAUUAGAAUCUUCUACCCAACCAAAUAAUUAUGGCAGUUCCAUGAGAAAAGUAGAAUCAUUUCCAGUACUUUUGUACACACAUGAUCAAAUAAAAGAUCAUAGAAGUAAGAGAAAAGAAGCUCCUCUAUAUACAUCAAAUGUAGCUACUAAGCCAUGGAUGAGUUUGGAUCCUUUACCAAAUAAACCACAAGCACAUCUUGAAACUAGAAGUUUAGGUAGUCAAAGUACACUUGAUGUGGAAGACGAGAAAAAUUCAGAAUUACCUGAAAUACAGCAGCUGCAUGAUACCUCUCAAGAAUUUGUACUUGAAACAGGAAAUAUUUCUAAAUUUUAAUUUACUAAGGUUAAGAAAUAGCAUAGUAUGGAAGUCUCCAAACUAAUGUUAAGCUUUAAAAACAAGAAUGAAUUGAGAUAAACCUGUUAAAAUAUAAACUUAUCCCAGAAUUCUAUUAGUGGCAUCAUGCUUCCAAUAAAUAAUAAAACAGAAUGGCUGUGAAAUUAUAUACUUCAAACUGAUAAACAAUCAUAUAUAUAUAUACUUUUAAAUAGAAAAGCUAUUUACCUUUGUAUUAAUAUAAUGAAGUAUUAUUUAGCAUCACAAAUAAUGCAAGUGUAUGUUGCCGUGUUCAUGUUUCUGGAAACGAAAAUGUAUUUGCAAUCUGAAAAAGUGAUGGUUAACAUUUUA